AGGUACUACCCGAAGCAAAUAUGGGUAGUUAAUUAGAUGGUUGCCGACGCCAUUACAGCCCACACACCAUGAACACAACCUCCAACUUAAUGCCGACUAUUUAGAAAGCGACGAAGAAAUAACCCACACGAGUAUUUGCACUUAUUUUAUUUCAGUUUCAGCUGUGUCCACAUCGUUGAAUCUUCAAACCCCACUUGACCCUCUCACAAUCUUCACUUCCAUUCAAUUCACAAAUAAUACCCCUUCAAUCUUAUGUAUUCAAAACUCUUUCACUUUCCUAUGUGCAAAACCAAAAUGGCCAUUAACGCUUCUACCCCUAAAUCAACCCCACCUUCACAUCAACAACAACAACGCACAAACCAAACACCAAGAACACCAUCAUCAUCAUCAAAAACACCAUCAAAAGCAUCAUCGAAAACAUCAUCAAAAACAUCAUCAAACCCCACAAAUCCCAAAACCCCUUCUUUCUCCGACAACCCAUCCACCUCCUACGCCACCACAACCAACUCCACCGGUUUCCGUCUCUCAACCGACACAUCCAUCUCAAGCCCAACCUCCCUCACCACCUUCCGCAACACCCUCCCAGAAAACCCCAACAUCUACGACUUCUCCGAAAUCUGUUCCGCCACAAACAACUUCCUCUCCAAACGCUUCUCCUCCUCAACCCCAUGCUGGCACUGCACCCUCCGCGGCGCUGACGUCAUCAUCUUCCAACGCAAAUUCCGCCGCAAACUCCAAACCACCCAACUCCGGGAGCUUCUCUCUGUCGUCUGCCGUAGCCACCACAUCAGCAUCAUCAAACUCCUCGGCGUCUCAAUCUCCGGGGAACAUAUCUACCUCGUGUACGAAUUCGUUAACGGCGCUAACCUCUCCGAUUGUUUACGUAACCCUCGUAACGUUCAUUUCACCGUUCUUUCUACAUGGAUUUCGAGAAUGCAAGUCGCCACCGAUCUCGCUCAUGGACUCGAUUACAUUCACAACAAGACCGGUUUGAAUUUCAACUUCGUUCAUAACCAUAUCAAGAGUAGCGCGAUCGUUGUUACUGAAUCUGAUUUCAAUGCUAGGGUUUGUCACUUCGGCGCGGCUCAGCUCUGCGGUGAAGCCGUUGCGGAAAACGAAACCGCCACCAAACAAUUGGGGGAAAACGAAAUCACGGAGGAAGUUAGAUCCAAGGAGUUGAGAAGCUCCAACGUUGAAUUCGAAGGUGUGAGAGGUUACAUGUCGCCGGAGUUUCAAACCACCGGCGUGGCGACGCAGAAGUCUGACGUGUAUGCUUUUGGAGUGGUGAUACUGGAGCUUUUAUCCGGGGAGGAGCCGUUGAAGUUUAGGUUUGACGAGAAGAGCCGUGAUUUUGUGAGGAAAUCGGUGAUUGAGUCAGCGAGAGCCGCCGUGGACGGUGGCGAUGGUGGCGUGGAAGGGAAGCUGAGGAUGUGGGUGGAUAGGAGGUUGAAAGAUUCGUUUCCAGUUGAUGUUGCUGAGAAGCUGACACGUGUAGCGUUGGAUUGUGUACACGUGGAUCCGGAUCAAAGGCCUAACAUGGGACGCGUGGCAGGGAAGAUUUCCACGUUGUAUUUGAAGUCUAAGAAUUGGUCUGAUAACAUGAAAUUGCCUGAUAUGUCUUUUUCUUUGGGUCCUAGAUGAGUUCUUCUUAAUCAUAGGUAACAUUUUUAAGAUUUUAGAAAUAAAAAUUGAUUUUUUUUAAUUGAAAGAACAAGUUUUUAUGAUAUGAUAGGAGAGGAAUUGAUUUUGUUGUUAUUUUUUAAUAUUGUAUUUGGAUGAUUCGAUUGUGACUCGAGUUGUGGAAGAUGUAUAUAAAUUUAGUUGAAUUAUGAAAUGGGUUAAUAUAAAAUUAAGUAGCCAUUUGUUUUAUUCCAACAUGCUUGGCUUUCAGAUUUGAAAUUCAAAGGUGGGAUGUUGGAGGAUGGCAAUGAAAAGUGUAUUUAAGUGGAUGACGGCUGAGGCAUUCUUGGUGGUAUUAGCUUAGAUGAGGUGUUGGUGGUUAUGCAUGUUAGUGGAUUUUUUUUUUCAAACAAAAAGGAAUGAUAAUAUAUAACAAAAGAGGGAAAACAAGAACACAAGGAGAUCAAAACCAAAAUCUCUUAAUGAAAAAGUUUAAGUUUAGGGGUACCUUCUUUGUCAAGCAAGAAUUUUUUUUUGAGAAUAUCCGAAAUAAUUUGAGGAAAUCAAGUAAAAUUUUUAAGUGUAAGGCCUAAACUAGCCAGAAAAUUGGCACAAAAAUUGGUUUCUUUAUAAAUAUGAAUGAUCAUGAAAUCAAUAGUAAUCGUGAAAGUUCGACAUUUAAGUCAACGAGGCUUGAUAUUCCACGACACCAAGUUAGAGUUAGAAAACGCAUUAACAACAAGAAUGCAGUCCGAUUCCAACCAAACCUUCUGCCAGCCAAGAUCUCUAGCUUUCUCAAUAGCCACCAUAACGGCACAAAACUCCACAAAAUCUACUUUCCCUUCCCCCAAAAAAUUACAAAAGCUGCCAAGAUGAUCACCCUUGUGAUCUCUAAAAAUACCCCCCAUAAGAGCUGAUCGAGGGGGAACCUGUAGCCACCCCAUCAAUAUUUCCUUUUAUGCAAGUUAAUCGAUUGAUUUGGCCAACUUUUGAAUGGAU